UGUAGAUAAUAAUAAUACAUUGAUGUUCUAAAACAAAGUCUUGUUUAGUAGAUAUUCAUUCCCUUCUUUUCCUUCAUUCUUUGCAUCAAAAGUUAACUUCCAACUUUCAAGAAACUUGUUUCAUUUGCAAGGAAUCUUGUUAUUUGCCUAAAAUCCUUCAAAGAUUUCACCUUUUCAUGCUCUUUCUUUCUGGGUCAUCUUUAUUUCAACUAAUUGAAGAAUACCCAAUUCUCUUUUAGGGUUUUAAUAUCAAAUUUGAGUAAUCUUGAUUGGUAAAGUUCCUUGCUUGAUGGGCUAGUGAUUAGUUCAUCUUUUGCCUUAAAUCCUUCAAAGAUUUCACCUUUUAAUGAUCUUUUUUUCUGGGUCAUCUUUAUUUCAACAAAUUGAAGAAUACCCAAUUCUCUUUUAGGGUUUUAAUAUCAAAUUUGAGUAAUCUUGAUUGGUAAAGUUCCUUGCUUGAUGGGCUAGUGAUUAGUUCAUCUUUAUUUGCCUUAAAUCCUUCAAAGAUUUCACCUUUUCAUGAUCUUUCUUUCUGGGUCAUCUUUAUUUCAACAAUUGAACAAUACCCAAUUCAUGUUUAGGGCUUUAACAUCAAAUUAGGGUAAUCUUGAUUGGUAAAGUUUGUUGCUUGAUAUGUAUUUUUUCAGAUGAUUGAUUAGUUGAUGAAGGGUAUUUUCAUGAGGGUUUUGUUCUGCAAGAUCCACUGUCCUUCAUUCAUAUGUUUCUGCAAACCAUCAACUGCUUCUCAUCUUUACAAUUCCAACACUUUGAAAUUAGAAAAUUCCCAUCAUGCCCCUCAAACAUCAGUUGUUGUAACUGUAACGGGUCAUCAAUCGGAUCACAAUCAUGUUGAUGAGAAUCAUGAGAUUGUUGAAGCCACUGAAAAAGAGGUUUUAGAAGAUGGAAAGCAGGAAUCAGAGAUUGAGAUUUGUGUUCUUAGGAGUUGUCUGAAGAAUAAGUGCAAUUCGCAAUCGCAAUCGCAAUCGAAUUCGGGAUCCGGUUCGCCUGUUGACCGAAAGAAAGUGCAAUGGGUAGAUAAUUUUGGGAAACAACUUGUUGAUAUCAGAGAGUUUGAAUCCAGUGAAACAGGGGAUACAGACAAUGAAGAGGAUAAUAGCGCUUGCUUUUGCUCGAUUCUGUGACGUUUCGUAAAAAAAUCUACGUGUUUAUAGAAUAAGAAACGAUCGGCUGUAAGUUCAUCCCUUCAUUUCUAUAUUAAAUUUGAUAUAAAGAUCGAGUGUAAUUCCUGCAAAUAUCCAAGCUACAUUUUAGAUUUUGUUUUGUAAUUCCUUUAAGCCGGCUCUCUCAUGUGUUAUUAUGUACGAACUUAUGUUAUUAAUGAGCUUCCGGAACUCUUCUUCUGCUACCACAUUCGGUUCUUGGUCCCAUUACGAUAAUUCUGGUAAAUUUGUCGCUUUCAGUAUUCUAAUGUACGGUUUUAACGGUUUCUUGAAUUUUUAACUACCCUUUUGUGUGAAACGGGAGUUAAUGCAGUAAAGUUUGUUGCUUUCUGUGUUC